CAUCCCUCCUUGGUGGUGACGGCAAUGACGGCUGGCGUUCCUUGCUAAACCGCCUUUUGCCUAUCGCCUGCAAACUGCGUUCUUCGCACAUGCACCUCGCUAUUGUCUGCUACUCCUUCUAGCCUCAAAGGAUCCAAUCUAUCCCAUCUGGUCUUCUCGUUCUCUAUCUCACCAUCUCUCCUCACUCGUCGAGGCAUAUUGUAUAGUCCUGCUUCAUCCCGCCUUCCCGAAUCCGUAACCUCGUUCAACUUCACAGACCCUCGGACUUCUGCCUUUGACGUUCACACCGCCCUGUCCCACGCUCCCUGUCAUCUGGCCUCUGUCUUGCUCCACAUGUCCGAGACUCUAUACUACCGCCAAUAGUGUCAACCGGCUCUGAGAUUUGGGAUCAAUCACGCAGGCAUCGUGACGUUGGGUGCGGCCGUCGAUAUCUGGGCAAGACUUCGUCGAGCCUUGAACAGGAGUCGCAACUCGAGCGCCGACGAUACCAACUCAUUCUCAUCGACUGAAUCAGUGUACCUGACAGUGUUAGUCGCAUGGAUCGUUGGCGUGCGCAGGCAACUCUCUAGAUAUCCUUCCUCCGACGCCUAGUUCUGGCCACUAUUCACGAAUAUCUUCCGACUGUCCAUUGCCACAAUUCCUUUGGUCGAGCGACUCGAAUUCUGACACUCGAAACCCAUCUCUUCUGCAGCGAUCCGGAUGCGUUCCAAUACUGUGGCGUGAGCCGCGACUGCUUGACCCUGCUCCCAUCGCAUAUCCUCAUCACUACUCUAAGAUGGCGGCCCUGAGUCUCGUGUUGAGCGAGACGAUGCCGCCGAACGAUCGAAUGGAAGAGAUGGACACACCUACAACCCCUCGGCCGACUCGAUAUACGUCGGCCACAUUGGAGGAGAACCAUGUCGUACUUGACAAUCGUUCCUCCCACCCAGGAAAUGAUUCCUCGGGUCAGGCCUACAAUAACAGUGCCCAUGAGCAUCGCCACAGCGAUACUACCCGGAGAGACAGCGGGGGCGCUGCAACAAGUGUCAUGGAUGUUGACGACGACGACGAUGACGAGGACAAUGAUCCACAUGGUUCAGACCACGAAGGCGAGCAAGGGGAGGCCGAUUCGGCCUGGAGAAAGAAAAAGGGCCAAAGGUUCUUUUGUACGGGCUACCCCCCUUGCAACCUCAGCUUUACCAGAAGUGAGCAUCUGGCUCGUCACAUCAGGAAACAUACUGGCGAGAGACCCUUCCAGUGCCAUUGCAACCGCAGAUUCUCCAGAUUGGACAACUUGCGCCAACAUGCACAAACGGUGCAUGUUAAUGAGGAGAUCCCCACCGACUCACUCGCUGCUACAGGCACUCGAUUUCAGCGUCAGAUACGAACCGAUCGCGUUCGCCCCACUGGUCGCCCACGGACAGGAACUGCAGGGAGUGCUGGUGGCCACAGUCGUGGACAUAGUCGAAACCUUUCAACAUCCAGUGUCGGCUCAACCUCUUCCAAUUAUAGUAUUGUGACAGACGCAAAGCGACGACCACCGCCUCUCCUCAUGGCUGGCGAUGGUAGUGGACGACUCAGUCUGGGACUUGACCCUCCUCAAACCCCUCCAGCCCAAUAUCGCGGAUAUAAUCCGAACUCUCCUGGCGGGUUGAGUACACCAACAUCCGCUCAAUUCUCUGCCACCCCCGGAAGUCCUGGUUUUAUGUCCUCUCUAGGGUCACCGACGUCGUCGAGCGCCCGCCUUGGAGGAUUCUUCUCGUCUGCUCCCCAUGCUCGACGUUUAUCGGUUCCUUCUGGACCCAGCCCCUAUCAGCAGCAAUACCCGCCAGGGUAUUCUACGCCAUAUAUGAAUCAGAUAGAACACGCGAGCUCGCACGGGUCGUCAAAUUCCAGCAUGUUCACGAGUCCUACUUCAAGCUCUUUUCCCAUGUCUCCCGGACAUCAUAUGGUGUCGGGAGAAGACUGGAGACGGCGUACCUGGCAUCCUUCUACGAUGCCGGCUGCCAACCUCAAUUACAACCGUCCUGCCACGAGUGGGUUGACAUACUCCCAGACUCCAGAUGCACCUCAACCCGCACAUGCUCAACAUGCCACUGCCGCUGCCGGCCAAGCACCCCGCCUGCCUGGCAUUGAAAGCUUCGAUCAUGUGCAACAUCGGACAUACACGCCUCCACGCCGCAAUCCUAGCCCCAUGUUGGUUGACCCGAGUCUGACUGAUCCCAACUUAUCUUCCUCGGUGACACAACAAGAAUCGCAGCCCCGACCCGGUCAUGUAUCCUGGGAAGGGCCUCGUCCUAGUCAGUAUCCGGAGCUUGAAGAAGGCCCUGCGAGGAACCAGAUUGCAAGUUCUUGGGGCCAGCAAACGAUCAACGAAAUUCAAAGUGUAGGCGUGCGACGGAGCGACACUUCAAGACAGGUGGAUAUGGGCCCUCCCUCAAACUCGAUGACUUUGAGGCAGCAACAACAAAUGGCGCAGGAUGCUCUAGAGGCACAAGCAUCUGCGAAUCGAUUUAAAAGACAGGGCUGGUAUCAAGGACCUGUAUCUGCAGCACGUACUUCCCCAGAAGACUCUAGCAGUAGCGACGGAGUGCCUACACCUGGAAUGACCGCUGUCGAGGUUCAUCCAAUGAUCAUGCAUAGUAGUGGCUACAUGGAGCCACAACACGCGGCUUUACCCGCAGAUGGCCAUCAGAAUGUUUGUCUUGCGCCUGCUGCGUACAUCGAGAACAAUCGCCACCGUACAAGCUCGUCUUUCGGCGAUCGGACCGGCCGAGGCGGCGACUUGAACAGACUAGAAGCUCUUGUCGCCGUUGCGACGAGUGGCGACAACGGGGCACGUUAAGCAAUGUUGUAUUCGACCUGAGGUGGUGCAUUGCUAACUUGAUUUGCUCGAUCGCUUUCCUACCAGUCGACUCGAUGGCCUCACUACCGCCUGACUGUGACGAAUAUUGAGACGCAGUUCUUCUGGUCAUUCGAUAUUGACAGACCACGACGGCAUAACGAGAGAGAUACCCUUAACGACCAAUUCCUUCGUAUUGAUCGCCCUUUUUAAUGGAUGUGUUAUGAUCUACUCAUGUUUGGAUGCAUGCAUACGGGUUAUGAUUUUGAUUUCUGCAAGCGGGCGUUCGGAAAGGGAGAGAUGGUGUGUUCUGCCUGGCAGCUCUCGCUCGACCUUUGCGGGUGCUCCUGAUGAUGUUUAAUACCCCUCUUUCAUUCAAGAGUAUUGUUUUAUUGAGACGCUUUGGGGUUGUUGGGCAUAGGCAACGAUCCUUAGCCCAUGAUGACGAUGACAAUGACGGGAUUCUUGAAAUUCAUUCUGCAACGAUUCGAUUACAGUUUUUAUUCGUUGCGCAUAUAGCAUUACGGGCAGUAAAGCAGCACUUAAUGAGGAUACUUCCACUCAGCUUGUCAAUCUACGCCGUUUUGUACAGAAUAUGUCGAUCGCUAAUCAGGGGGCCGCAAUCUGAUCAUCAACUAAAUAAAGACGAUAACACGCAG